AUGGAGAUUCGUGGGGGAACUGUAAGAGAGCGUGAGUACUGGGAUUCUGGUCUGCAGAUCCCCACAGCAGACUUCCAGGAGGUUCUACAUGAUGACAAGGCUGCUCUGGCCUGGCUUGAGGCUCUGCGACGCAUUGGCAUCGUCUACCUGAGGGGGGCUCCAGUGGAGAAGGGCCAAGUGGCCAGACUGAGCCAGAGAAUCGGCUAUCUACGCCUCACCUUUUACGGACACACGUGGCAAGUGCAGGACAAGCCCAAGGCUAACAAUGUUGCGUACACUUCUGGAGAGCUGAGUCUGCACACAGAUUACCCUGCUCUGCACCAUCCACCUGGGGUGCAGUUCCUGCAUUGCGUCUGUCAGGCUGAACAGGGUGGUGAGAGUGAAGUGGUUGAUGGGUUUCACAUGGCGGAGCAACUCCGGAGAGAAGAUCCUGAAGCGUUUAACAUCCUCUCCUCUCUCAGGGUCGAUUUCACAGACAGCGGAUCUGACUACUGUGACUUCAGCGUGCAGUCCAAAAACCACAUUAUAGAUGUGGACUCUGAUGGUCGGGUUGUGAGGAUCAACUAUAACAACGCCACAAGAGACUCUGUGCUGGAUCUGCCUCUGCAUCAGGUUCAGCUUUUCUACUCGUCUCUAAAGGCCUUUGUGGAGCUGCUCAGCAGGCCUGAGAAUGUGUUCACAUACAGAAUGGAACCAGGUGACUUGGUGACCUUUGAUAACUGGCGUCUGCUGCAUGGCCGAAAGAGCUACCUGUCACGAGGGCAGAACUCAAGACAUCUAGAAGGAGCAUAUCUGGACUGGGAUGAGGUCAUGUCCCGUCUCAGGGUCCUCCGGAAGACUGUUCGUGGAGAAAGCUAGACAUCUCUUCAUUAGUAACUUUAAAAACAACUCGAGAAAGCUUUAAAAAAGUUUUGGAUCCCUAGGGAUAUUUUCUGUUCAUUUAAGUUUUGGCAAGUAGAUAUUUGGGCUUCUGUAGUUAAUAUUGUGGCCUUUUACUGAGGGGCUCUUUGAGUCUCCAGCACUUUCUUGCGUAUACAGUACAUCUUGCACAUACAGUGCUUGGAAAGGACAGACUUGUGCUUGACUUGUAAUUUUUUUGAUAAGGGACAAAUUUUUUCAGAGGUCUUAUUAAGAAUCGUAUUAAAUGAAUGAUCACAAGAGUCAGUGAAGUUUUGUUAAGAACUAAAUAUCUCGCUUCUCUGUGGACAACUGCCUGAAGUAUCGUAUUAGAUACUGGGUUUAUUCCAAUCCACCAAUGUUUUUGUCAUUCAUAUGGUCCAUGCUAUAAAAAGUGACAACUCUUAAGUACGAGAUGGCAUCAACAGAGCUAAAAAAGAAAGUUUUAUCCAAUCUCUGAUUAUGUCUUACAUUUUGUCUUAUCGUUCUAAUGGUAAAGACUAUCAUACCGUCAUGAUUUAUGGCACUGUUUAAAUGCAGUCAUUUUAAUAUAUAUUGAUUUUUACCAAUAUUGUUUAUAUUCUGCUUGUUUUGCACUUAAUUUUACUGUAGAUUAAUGAACCAUUUUUAUUUCUUGUAUUAUAUUGUAAAUUGAACAACGAUGGGCCAUUGACCUUUGAGAAAAAUGUUUUCAAGUGGCACAAAAAUAAUUACAAGCUGAUGUCUAAAACAAAGUAUCUCUGUUUUGAUAUAUGGAUAUCGGAUAGUUCAUUCAAAUAUGAUCAGUACUUGUGUAUACUGAUUGCCAUGUGCAGUAGACAUUAAGCUAUUUAAUACUUGAAAAGCCUCAAAUAUUACGUUUUUAAAGAAAACUGGCCAGUGUGUAAAUGCAGCAACAAUGCAAAUAUAACUCAUGCAGCUAUUAGUUUAUAAAACUGUUGGAGCUGACGUGUUACAUGUAUUGUUUUGGCAAAUCUUUAUUAUAUUUUUUUUUUUUCCAAAAUGACAAUAAAAUACAUUUAUAAUAUACCUAUA